AUGUAAACUAUAUGUCAUUAUGCUCUACCAUAGUUUUACAUUUCAACUAACAUUAUUUCUCAAGUUUAUCUAAUUACACGAAUUUCAAGGUAUAAUUACUAUUAAACAUAGUUUAUCAUAAGAAUGGUCAAUCAUUGUCUUGGAUAUCAUUCAAUUCUUAAUUAGUUUGACUCUUAUGGUGAUGAUUUUUAUAAGACAUAGAUUUUAAAUGAGAAAACCUCAUCUUUUUGGUUUAGCAUGCUCUUUUUCAGCUCUGUCUAUUCUUUUGACAGUACAAAAAUUUGAUCAUUAUUAUCUUAUUUUGAUUAUCCUUUAGUAAUUAUCUUCCUGUUUGCUUAUGUCAUUAUUAGUGUUGAAUAAAAAUAAGAUUGGAGUUGGAAUAGUAAUUUAAAUAUACUUGAUUGGAUUUUUAAUUGAUUUUCUUUCACUUUACAUUUGGUAUUAAUUAACACAAUAAAGAUAGGAUUUUUGAAAAUUAAUUCAGUUUGAGUAGAGCAAUUGCUAUAUUAGGAUCAGGUGGAGUUGGAUUGAUUACUAUGAUUUUAUGUCUGUUAUGUCAUGCAAAUCCAAAAGGAAAACUCUAGAAUGAAUUACAUAUAAUAAUAGGUUUCUAUAUUUUUUGUGAACUAUUCAUAUGUUGUAAUAUAAUAACUGAAAUUAUAAAUGUAAGAAUUAUUACUAUAUUUUAGAGUGUUUCAAGCAUAUAUUUGAUAGAUUUGAUUCUACUUAAGAUUUCUAAUGUGUUUUUAGAUGUACUUAUAUAUCCAUUUGCUAAAUUAUAUGAACCAAAAAAGAUGUAGAUUUCAAAAAAUAAAAUCUCUUCUGAAAUCAUUGAGAAUUGUAAUACUAAAUAAUUUGAAUCUAAUGGCAUUGCAACAAAAGAAAGUGAUUACGAAUUAGAUAGUGCUCUUAAAAUCAAAUCAGAUAAAUAUAUUGUUACUAUUAAACAAGAGUAAUGUACUUCCAAAAAGUGGAUUCAAUCUCUUUUAGAAAUUUAUUGA